AUGCCUUCAACUUGGCAGAAAACUCAGGAAUUCUACAACUGGAUUCUUGAAAGUGGAGAUCCAAGGACAGACCAGUGGCCACUGGUUUACUCCCCACUUCCAGUCACCCUGGUCUUCACGUCCUACCUCUUCCUGGUGGCACUGGGACCAUCCUGCAUGCGGCAGCGGCGGCAGCUGGAGCUGCGGGCUCCACUACUCACCUACAACCUGGCCAUGGUGGCAUUAUCCAGCUACAUGUUCUACGAGUUUCUGGUCACUUCAGUCUUGGCCAACUACAGCUAUCUGUGCCAGCCAGUGGAUUACAGCCGGAGUGAGCUGGGAAUGAGGAUGGCAAGAGUGUGUUGGUGGUUCUUCUUCUCCAAAGUCAUCGAGCUGCUGGAUACGGUUUUCUUAAUUCUGCGCAAGAAACAAGAGCAGGUGACUUUUCUGCACGUGUACCAUCAUGGCUCUAUGCUCUUCAACUGGUGGUCAGGGGUCAAAUAUGUGCCUGGAGGACAAGCCUUCUUUGUUGGGAUGCUGAACUCCUUUGUCCACAUCUUCAUGUACGGCUACUAUGCCCUAGCCAGCCUGGGACCGUGGAUGCGCCAGCACCUGUGGUGGAAGCGUUACCUGACCAUCCUGCAGCUGUGCCAGUUUAUGGCCAUUGCUGCUCAUUCUUCCUACAACUUGUUCACAGAGUGCCCGUUCCCUGAUGGCUUCAACACCGCAGUCUUCCUCUACAUCCUCAGCCUCCUGGCUCUCUUCCUACGCUUCUACUAUCGGACCUAUGUCAGGGGAAAGCAGGAAAAGCUGACUUGAAGGAAAUCAAAGAGGACAGAGAGCACAGCUUGAUGAACAUGAGCGUUCUCUGCUGCUUGUGACAUGGCUUCAGGAAGAAAAUGUAUCUGGAGAGUGUGUGUGAGGCUUGUGCCUUGCCUUCAAAUAUCCCAGGUUAGGGAGAAGAAAGGAAUGAUGUAAACUCAGGGAUUAAGGAACUGAGGAGCACACUUAAUUAAGCUGAGGCCAAGCUAAGACAGGUAGUCACCAGCAUAGCAGGCUCUGGAACAUUUGCAAGGUAAGGUCUUUUUCCCUUCCAUCUUUAACUCGGUGUCCAAGGUCUAGUAGCCAGCUACAACUCCCUGCCUCAUUUCUUAGGCUGUAGAGGGUUUCUUUGCA